CCUACAUGGAUAGUGCGAGUUGAUAGAUUUUAUAUGAAAACCAAAAGGGACUGCAACGCAAAAGACGACCGACGCAGCCACAGACAGGUCCGGGCGGGAUACACCUGCUGGACCAAAGCAGGCAAGUUUCAUUCAUGCGUUUUUGAGACCCAUUUCCCAUCAUAUAAGCACAAACGCACAUUGCAUCGUUUUUGGGUAAUCUCUGUGGAGGGCAUCAUAUACUCAGCCUCUCAAACCUGCACCCACCCUGAGAGGCAAGGCAGGCAAUGCAACACAAUCUAACCUACAGGUGCUCUAUCUGUCUACAUGACAAACUGUACAGACAGACGUAAAGAGACACAAUACAGACUAAAGAAGUGUUUUCUGUCAAGUAUCUGUUUCAGUAUUUUUACUCGAGGGCACAGCUUUAUAAGCUUGCAAAAGGCUGAGGCUGUAUGGAGCUCUCUGGGGAAUCCGGAUGGAUGAUGUUGCCCAUGGCGGAUUUGGACGCUUCUCACGCUGGAUUGGGGCAAGGCACCGGGUACAUUGAACCAUCACUAUUGUCCCUGGAGGAAGUGGAUGGAUUUCUUAGUCAUAUAGAUUCUCCAGGACAUCCUUAUUUUCACACUCACACAUCUCACCCUCAAGCGCGAACUUCGUACAGCCAAGUUCCAGGUCGUUUGUACGGUGGUUCUGUGCGUCACCCUCACUUUCUUCACACGCAAGCUUACCCUUGGAUGGAAGGCAGUAAAUCGAGUACUUCUGUGGUCCAGCAACCCGUGACCUGGUCACAGAGUCAUUCAGGAAAGCCUGCUGCUGGAACCUCGGUCGGGAUCUCGUCGGUGCCUCCAGGCCCAUGCGCUCAUGGCUCGGCCCCUGUAGCCACGCGCUGUACCACGCAGUUCUACUACCUGCCUCCUACACCGCCCACUGCCGCUGCUCCGGAGCCGGACGUCACAAAGUAUCCUGCAGUUAUUCUCGAUGGGACAAAAAUGCAGACCACAGUCCCUCUCCACAGCUGCACGGCGCACAAUGCGGCUCCUUUGCGUCAGUUUCCAGCGUAUGCGUUAGCAGGAACGCGCGAGCACGCGGCCGGUCUGUUCUGCAGGGCCAUGGGGGAAUUAACGGCCAAAUCAAAGACCAAGGGACGCACUGGUUCCGAAGGCCGUGAGUGUGUGAACUGUGGGGCCACCUCCACUCCAUUGUGGCGACGAGAUGGCACAGGCCAUUAUUUGUGUAACGCAUGUGGACUUUACCACAAGAUGAAUGGUCAAAACCGACCUCUCAUCAGACCCAAACGUCGACUGUCAGCAGCCAGGAAAGCAGGUACUUGCUGUGCAAACUGCCACACGGGCACCACCACGCUGUGGAGACGUAACACCAAUGGAGAUCCGGUUUGCAACGCCUGUGGACUCUACUACAAGCUGCACAAUAUGAACCGCCCACUCACUAUGAAGAAGGAAGGCAUUCAGACUCGCAACAGAAAAAUGUCCACCAAAUCUAAACGAAGGAGAGGCGAGAGCUCUCACCAGUUUCACUUCAGCAGAUUCAUGCAGGAUAAACCACAUGCCUUUAACCAAAUCACCAAUAUUUCUGCCCAUGUAAACAUGACACCACCUGUCGAGUUUUAUCCAGCCUUCAGCCACAUGCACCAUGCUAACUUGUUAACUGCCAUGAGCUGAGCACCAUGCAGAGGUGUUCUUGUGCAGUAAUGAAAUUACAGAGACAUUUAUUUAAGUGCUUAACAAAUAUGCAGUGAUAUGUUUUUGUCCAUUCACACCUUAAAGCUAACUAAAUGAAGUUUUUUUUUUAUUUUCAUAACCAGACUGUGGAAUAAGGUGCACUUUAAAUCAAAACUCGGUGAUGGGAAAAGUUGUUUUUAGAAAGCUUUCAAAUCACCGAUAUAACAUCUAUAACAUCUAAACUUGGAGUUUCCUGAGCAUGCAGGUGGUGAAUGCUGAGACAGUGGGAUUUUACAGUCCAUUAAUACUGUAUUAAAGGACUUUUUGUAUGUCUCUGUGUGUGUGUGUGUGUGUGUGUGUGUGUGUGUGUGUGUGUGUGUGUGUGUGUGUGUGUGUGUGUGUGUGUGUGUGUCUGUGUGAGUGUGUGUGUCUGUGUGUGUGUGU